AAAUGGGUUGGGUCGCUUGAAUGGCCGAAACCAACCCAACCCAGCCCAUGUGCAGCCCUACCUCCGAUCGAACACCCCAAAACCCACCACCACCACCACCCUCACAAUCUCUCCUCUCUCACAUUACACACACCUAUACAUACAACCUAUACACACAAACUCACCGAAAUGGAGGUAGUCGACGCGCCAAUAGACGAUAAAGCCAAGAGAAUGAGAGAUCUGCUCUCAAGCUUCUACGCUCAAGACAAUUCUACUUCUAAUUCCGAUUCAGUUGACGCCAGUAACGCAUCUGUCAGAUACGUGACGCUCGAUUCUAUCAACACCACCGGUUUCGAUGCCGAUCAGUACAUGAAUCUUCUCGUUCAAAAGUCAAAUUUAAAUGGAUUACUUCAAAAACAUGUUGAAAUGGCGGCUGAGAUCAAGAAUCUCGACACUGACUUGCAGAUGUUAGUCUAUGAAAAUUACAGCAAAUUUAUAAGUGCUACAGACACAAUAAAAAGAAUGAAAAGUAAUAUUGUGGGCAUGGAAGUCAAUAUGGAGCAGCUCUUGGAAAAGAUAUUAUCUGUGCAAUCUAGAAGUGAUGGGGUCAAUACUUCUCUGUACGGAAAGAGAGAACACAUAGAGAAAUUGCACCGCACACGUAAUCUUCUGCGUAAAAUUCAGUUCAUUUAUGAUUUACCUACAAGACUUGGGAAGUGUAUCGAAUCUGAAUCCUAUGCUGAUGCAGUGAGGUUGUACAAAGGUGCCAUGCCAAUAUUUGAGGCAUACGGAGAUUCGUCAUUUCUGGAUUGCAAGAGAGCGUCUGAAGAAGCUAUUCAUGUGAUUAUAAAAAACUUGCAGGGAAAAGUAUUUUCAGAUUCUGAGUCCAUACAGAUAAGAGCUGAAUCUGUAAUGCUAUUGAAGCAAUUGGAUAUCCCGGUUGACAGUUUGAAAGAUAAACUAUUAGAAAAGCUACAGCAGUUCCUUGUUGAUUUGGAUUUAGAAUCUGCAGAAGCAACCCAAGAACCAACUAAUCUUGAUAAAGAUCCUGAACAAAAAAAUACUCCUAACCUAAGUUCUAGUGCUCAUGGGGCUUCUACCCGGGAGCUUGUGGAAGCUGUUCGUGCUUAUGGGGCAAUAUUCCCUGAUUCGAAAGAGCAAUUAAUUAAUCUUCUGAAGGAUCUGUGUAUGAAGCACUUUGACGCUAUUCAAAAUCAUAUCAUGAAACAUGUUGUGGUUGAAGAUCUUUUGGAAAUGCUACGUGCUGUAUGGACCAAUGUGCUCCUGAUGGAUGAAGUCUUACCUGAGGCUUCUCUCCCUGUUUUUGCUAUGGAGGCUGCUCACACUGCUAUCAAGAAAUAUCUUGCAAGUGCAUUUUCCUGUCUUCUACUUGAUAUCUUAGAACCUGUUACGAAACUUCAAUCUAGGCCGAAGGAGAAUUCCGAAGAACACUACUCUUUGCAAGCUGCUUUAGAUGCCAGUAAAAAAGCUGUACUCCAAGGCAGUAUCGAGAAAUUACUGGACUUCCGCCAGCUUCUUGAAGAAACUUUUGGCCUACUUCUGAAUAUGAAAAGCUUGAUUAUUGACUGGGUACAAGAAGGAUUUCAAGACUUUUUUGGAAAACUUGAUAAACGCUUUCACUCACUCUCUGGGAAGUAUUCAUUGGUCAGUCAAGGAUUAGCAGAUGGAUUACAGGGAGACAAAGUUCUUCCCGGAGUAGUUCUUGUGAUGGCUCAACUUUCGCUUUUUGUUGAGCAAAAUGCCGUCCCAAGAAUUACAGAGGAAAUAGCUGCUGCUUUUUCUGGAGGUAGUGCUAGAGGCCAUGAAUAUGGCCCUGCUUUUGUACCUGCAGAAAUUUGUCGCAAUUUCCAUUUAUCCAGUGAAAAGUUCUUGAACCUAUAUAUAAAAAUGAGGACUGAAAAUAUAUCAGGUCUUCUGAGAAAUAGGUUUAUGACGCCAAAUUGGGCCAAGCAUAAGGAACCCAGAGAAGUUCAUAUGUUUGUUGAUUUGUUACUUCAGGAGGUACAAGUAAUAGGAACUGAAGUAAAGCAAAUUCUACCUGAAGGCCCUCAUCGGAAGCAUCGCCGCAAUGACAGCAAUGGAAGCACAACUUCUUCACGCAGUAAUCCAUUAAGAGAUGAUAGAAUGGGCCGCUCAAACACACAUAGGGCUAGGAGUCAGCUUUUAGAAACCCAUCUGGCAAAGUUGUUUAAGCAAAAAAUGGAAAUAUUUACUAAAAUUGAACAUACACAGGGGUCGGUUCUAACAACUAUCCUAAAACUUUGCUUAAAGAGUUUGCAAGAGUUUGUCAGGCUCCACACAUUUAACCGGAGUGGCUUUCAGCAGAUUCAGUUGGAUACUCAGUUCCUAAGGACUAUUAUAUUCAAGGAAAUCACUGAAGAUGAAGCCGCUGUAGAUUUUUUGCUUGAUGAGGUGAUUGUUGCUGCAGCGGAGCGAUGUCUUGAUCCAAUUCCUUUGGAGACCCCAAUUUUAGACAAACUUAUACAUGCCAAGUUAAAAAAGAGUUCAGAAUAGAAACCAAAAUUUUACCCAUAGACUGGAGGAUGAAUCAGUGCUGUAAAUAUUCUCUUACAUAUAUGUCAUUUGGGUUACUAUGUCUUCCUCAAUUACCUGAUCCGUCUAAAGUCUGAUCUGCCAUCUUUCUACCGAAAAACAAAAGGAGAUGCCUUAUUAUGGGAAACAGGAGAAAUGUGUUCCCAAAGUAUUUUGGUGAUCAACCUGGACUCGUUGGUUUUUUAUGCAUACUAGUCUGAAGAGAGUGAAGAUGCAGCUGUUUUCCCAAGCCUGAAACCGUCCUCCUUUAACAAAAGCAUCUCUAAAGAAGUUUAUAUUUAUUCUCCUCAUCGUGUGGUCUUUGUAAUAUUUGCAGAAUCUUCAAAUUGAUUUAAGUAGUCCUCUGUCAUAUCUCUACACUCAUGUAGCUUUACAGUUUUAUAUUGUUACUUGUCAUGUAGUAUUUUGCCGAUUGCGAUCUGUAGAACUCAAGUAGAUAGACCAAAUAUUUGUAUUCAUGGUAUUUGAAAUUGUCGUACGUUAUUCUUUUUA